GGGUAUUUUCAGUGGUUUGAACUCAAAGAGGGUGGGUGGUGGGGGGUUGGCCAGCCUAGAUUUAUAAGGACUGGUCUAGGAUGCAACAUUCAGUUUGAGAAGUAACAUAUGAAGGGGUCAUUGAAGCAUUCGCUCAGCCGAUUCAUUCAGAAGAUGGGCUCAUUUGGGAACUAAUCACUGUGUGUUGCGAAGAGGUGCAACGGCUCUGCUGGGAAUUUGUUUGAAACUAGCCUAUUUUCGUCGACUAUAGAGCAAAAUCGGACAAUACUGUGUCUAAAAUCAGAACUACCACACAACAAUCACAAUUCACACUUGAAGGGAGAGGACAAUGAGAACAUGAGGAAUCCAAAACCCUGCAGAGUGAAACAGCAUGAUCCUGAAGAACAAAGAGACCUGAUGGAUGCGAACAAGAAAGGAAAAAAAGUAGCCAAAAAGUCUGUCGCCAGCUCUCUUCACACAAGAAUUCAUACUAGAGACAAGCAGAAACAUAAAAAAGCCAUUAGGCUGCAGGCGGGGAUCCACGCUGAAGAUAAACUGCACACAUGUGAUCAGUGCGACAAGAGUUUCACGUGCAAAGAAGACCUUAAGAAACACAUGAAAACCCACACUGGAGAGAAGCCGCACACAUGUGAUCAGUGCGGGAAGAGUUUCACGUGCAAAGAAGACCUUAAGAAACACAUGAAAACCCACACUGGAGAGAAGCCGCACACAUGUGAUCAGUGUGAGAAGAGUUUCACGUGCAAAGAAGACCUUAAGAAACACAUGAAAACCCACACUGGAGAGAAGCCGCACACAUGUGAUCAGUGCGGGAAGAGUUUCACGUGCAAAGAAGACCUUAAGAAACACAUGAAAAUCCACACCGGAGAGAAGCCGUACACAUGUGAUAAGUGUGGGAAGAGUUUCCCACGAAAAGACAGCGCUCUGAGACACAUGAAAAUCCACACUGGAGAGACGUCGUACACAUGUGAUCAAUGUGGGAAGAGUUUUAACGUCAAAAGAAGCCUUUUAUCACACAUGAAAAUCCACAAAGGAGUGAAGCUGCAUGCAUGUGAUCAGUGUGGGGAGAGAUUCAGAUGCAAAUUACAACUUAGGCAACACAUGACAAUCCACACUGAAUACAGGCCGCACACAUGUGAUAAAUGCGGGAAGGGUUUCACGCGCAAAGAACACCUUCAAAGACACAUGAUCAUCCACACUGGAGAGAAGCCGUAUACUUGUGAGCAGUGCGGGAAGAGUUUCGCACUAAAGCAGUCCGUUAAAAGCCACAUGUUGGUUCACACUGAAGAAAAGCCGCACACAUGUGAUCAGUGUGGGAAGGGUUUUUCAAGCAAAAUAGGCCUUACGGUACACAUGACUAUCCACACUGGAGAGAAGCCACACGCAUGUGAUCAGUGCGGGAAGAGUUUUGCACUCAAACGAUCCCUAAAGGAACACAUGAAAAUUCACACCGGAGAGAAGCCGCACACAUGUGAUCAAUGCGGGACGAGUUUCACACAAAGAUCACACCUUACGGUACACAUGAAAAUCCACACUGGAGAAAAGCCACACACGUGUGAUGAAUGUGGUAUGAGUUUCACACACAGUUCCACUCUAAAAAUACAUCUACAUACCCACUCUGAAAACAAACCGUUUUACUGUGAUCAGUGUGGCAAAGGUUUUAUUCUGAAAUCAGCCCUGAAGAGCCACCAGAAAGUUCAUGCUAAAGUCAGAAAUUAUUCGUGUCUUUUGUGUGAAAAGAGUUUUAGUCUGCUGAGUGUUUUUAAACUGCACCAGAAAAGACACAGCUCUGUAAAGUCUUUUAUGUGCUUUGAGUGUGGGAAGUGCUUUUUUACAAAUUCUGAACUGAAACAGCACCAGCUAGUUCACACUGGGGAGAAACCUUACAAGUGUUCGCACUGUGACAAGAGAUUCUCUCUGUUAGGAAACAUGAAAACACAUGAGAGGAUCCAUACUGGAGAGAAGCCGUAAACACUGCCCAACAAGUGAGAAGAGUUUUAAUAAAUUAGCUUCUCUACGCAGUCAUACAACAAAAAACACAAAUCUAUGCAAUAGAUUUAAGCUCUCCUCUGUAUAAAUCUGUCCUAACCAGCCACAGUUUGUGUAAGGAUAAGGAUCAACAUCAUUCACAGUGUCACAGUGAACCAUGUUCAUCUUCAUGCUCACCAGUUUCAAGUGUGAGCUUCAUAUAACCUCAAAGAUGGAUUUCCUACCAAAAUAAGUUUUAUUUCUUAAGUUUCACAUAUAAUUUUCUCAUGCGUGACUCUUAGUUCAUUUAUUCUCUUUUAUGAAAGAAAAAAGUAGUUUACAAAAUGUUAUAGUGCUAGCAUAUGUAUUUUUUUACUUGUUUGUCAUACUUGGAACAUGUAGCUAUUCUGCCACUUAUGAUAUAUUUACAAUUUUCCAAUGCAAGGUCUACUAUCAAGUAACUUUGCAACUUGUGACCGCUUCUCUUCUUGUCUUGAGAUGUUUUGGUAAUCUUUUAAGUCUAUAAAAUUUGUUCGUUUUUACUUUUACUUGUUUUCUCUUUUUUUUUGGUAUUUGUUUUAAUUACUCAUUGAUUAAACUCUUUAUCUAACUUUUUGUCCAUUUGUAUCGUUUGUUAAUUCUAUUUGCAUCAAAAAUAAACAACUUAAUUUUAGUGAGGUGCACUUUGGAUUGGGUUUCAUCCAAUGCACAUGCCCACC